AUGAAAAAUCAGGAAAACGAUUCAUUCAAUCGAUCGGCGAGAAGCAGUGCGGCAGCAGACACGACUAUGGAUUCCGGCUCCUCUGGAAACGAUUUUCAGAAGAGCGCCUACGUCUUUGAGAGCGGCAAGCAGUACCAACCGGGCCCGGUCAGCUCCAGCUAUGCCUUCGAGCGUGAAUUCCCCGCCUUGUCCAAUUACCAAGCCUACCUUCCUGAGAAGGUAAUUCCAAAAUCUACCGUAAUCAUUGUUUAGAAGCACAGCCAAUACGAACUGGAGUCAAUCCGGAACUACCCAGCCGGGGAGUACAGCAACUACCAUUACGUCAAGGCGGAGGAGCUAAGCCCUCUCCAUCAACCCACGGCCAAAGCUGAAGUGGGUCCUUGGAUUGGAUCCGGUACUUGAAUUUUAUUUCAGAUCUUCACGAAAAAGGAUCUCUUGAGAAGAGUCGAGCAGCUGGACUCUGGCUUCUAUCAGCCGGUGAUCACUUGUGGUCAACUCCAUUUUGUGAGCUCAGGCAAUGACACCACCCAUACUGCCCGUUCUUCCAUCUCCGAGGCCGAAUUCAACGAUCUGAACACGGCCAUCUCCGAACGGAGCCUCAGGACUGCCAAAUCGAAGGCCAAUUCUGUUGCUACGGCCAAACUUGCCGGUUCUGAAGUCAAUCUGAACAGGGCCCUGCUCAAUGUGAAGAGAAUCACCCCGGAUGACAUCGGCUUUCUCAUCCAGAUUCCUGGAUUCAGAGAAUCUUUGGCGCAGUUCAAGAACGACAGAAAGGCCCGCAAGUACAGAAGAAAAGAGAACGAACAGCUGACUACCGGCAUUUCAGUAAGUUUAUAUCAAAGUUAUUUUCAUGUUUUCAGGCUUCGAGAGAGAGUAUUCUGGCCCCACAAAACCAAGGAAGUCGUCAGGUAUGUGUAUUUGAUCUGGCAGUUUAUGAUGAUAAUCUUGAUUACAUAUGAUUUUAGCUUGGCACUCUGCAUGGUGAUCUCAAAACUGCAAGACAAGCUGUGAGAUUAGUAACGUUUAACUGAUUUGCGUAUUUAAUGGACCAAUUUGUGUAUUUUAGAGUUCCACCAGUCUUGGAAAUCUCAGAACCGGCAGGGAAAGGGUAAGGUCCCUUGACAAAUUUAUCCAUCUUUUACUUACAAUCAAUUACAUUUGUUCAGAGUGCUUCGAGUGUCAUGCAGUUUCGUACCGCUCGCGAUGUUGUAAGUAUUUCUUAGAUGUUUCGUAACUUACCGUUUUUUCUGCCAAAAUAGUAUACGGACAGUCGGGGUCCAAGUUAACGAAUUAUUGGCAUACGUUUUCAAAGUUAGUUACAAUUUUGUAUUGCUAUACGCAUGCUACAUUUAACUCGAGGACCCAAUAACUGACUUAUUUUUAAUGUUCAUACUAUAUAUUGCACUUUGUCUCAGUAUCGACGGCUCGUCGAAGACCCGAAGGAGUGCAACUCAAGUCCGGAUGGUUUCAUUCAAUAUUUCAUCGUUUAAGUUUCAUGUCGAGGAACUGUUGCUAGUAAAAUCAUAGGUAAAGUACCAAACCCAGGUAUACGAACAUAAGACUAGAUCCUCCUUCGCCAGGUCUCCAUCGGUUUUCCGCCGUAAAUCAUUCUAGUCUUCGAUAUUUCACGUUAAUUCUACGUUUACUACGCAUGGGUACUAAAACGUAUAUCGAUACCGUACUAACUUCGCCGGGCCCCGACUGUCAGGACGCGGUCAUAAUUUCUUAUACGUUCAGAGUUCUCCCAGCAUCCGCCAAGUCAGAACUGGACGAGAAGCAGUAAGAGUUUGAUUUUUUUUUUGUUAAUCCGCGCUUGCUAUUCCAGAGUCUCUCCAAUCUCCGUACUGGCAGACAGAAUGUAAGUGAUGUCAUCACUAACUUUUGUUUAACUUACAGAGCCAAUCCGGCCUCCAAACCCCGCCUGUCAGCCCAACUCCCCGUCGUCAUAUCUCUCGUUUCGAAAGCUCUCAGCUCCAAACCGGACGGCAGAACGUGGGAUUUGAUUUCAAGAUUCUUACUGUAUUUUAGAGCCUUUCCGAUUUGAUCCAAAUCUCUGGACUCCGCACUGGUCGCGAGAGGGUAAGGUUUAAGCAUUACAUCACCCCAAUUUUAGAGCAGUUCGGGUGCUUUGGGAAGCAGCAAGCCUGUUGUCGAUAACCGUUCUGGUCGUGGUCAGGUAAACACAACCUACACGACCUACUCUAACCUUACAGUCUUUGCAGGGUAACUCUUCGGUCAAAACUGGCAGUGCUGUGUCCAGUCGUUCUCCCAGUGUGACUACCAGUACUCGUUCCGCCUCUCAACCUCGUUCUCGACGAUCCAAAAGUUCCGCAUCUCAGCGCCAAUCGCGGCCCAUCCCUUCUCAACAAGCUAAUGUCACCACGGCUAUUGAGAAGCAGAGUCUCAUCCUGACAACUGGUCGUUCCCCAAGUACGUCUUCGAUGAGAACUGCGUUGGAUUGUGAAUCGAGCAAGGAUGUGGCCACCGCUCUUCUCCCCUCUUCUGAAGACGACCGGCAACUUUUUGAGAGUCUAAAUGAGCUCAAUUCAGUCAGUUAUCGUCUAAAUAUCAACUUCUAUUCUAUUCUGUUAGGUGGCAGCUCGAGAACUUCGUACUCCCGCUGCUGAGUUGACGGCCAGAGAAUGUGCUUCCGUAACCGAGCAGAUGCAGAGAUCGGCUGUUCACGACGUUCUCCAUACUCCCCGGGACUUUGAUCGUCGUGCUUCAGAAUCCGCAGCCAAUCUUGGUGCCUCCCUUGAACAUCGUAUCAUCUCCGACGACUCCGAUAUCCGCACCGCCCAAGCUUCUGUACGCCUUCUAGCUUGUCAUCACAUUUAUAUUUUCAGGAAUCAUUCCACUGA